GUCAUCGCUCCGCUCGCCCACCCUCCCGGACCACUGUUCCCCCAGCGGCCGCAUCCUGCCCCGGCCGCCAGCUCCGGAGCUACCGUUAGCAAGCGGAUAACAAGGGAGAAGGAAGUCGUGGUUUCCGUUGGAAUACCUCCGCGUCAUGUCGCUUGGUCUAAGUAAUUUGUCUCGGUUUGGGUGAAGAUGAAAUCACAGAUCCUCAACGCGGCUCCUGGAAGACACAUCCCCCCGCGCGAAGUCCGCCUUUUCAGCCCGACCUCGGUUAGCGCGUCCGUCCGUCCUGCCAAGCGAGAGGCUCCGCUGUCCUCCGCCGCCGCUGGAGCUCUGUGAGGCGGGGAAGGCUCCGGACAAAGCCCGUCAGAUGUUGGACGGUGGGAACAUAUCCUCGGACCCGCCGCGAUUUGAAACCAGGCUGUGGAGCUGAAUUUGUCAAAUCCGUCGUGGGAAGCGCCGGGGAAAAAACCAAGGUGGAGGACCGAGGUCUAUUUUCAGAGAGGGCGAGAGUUCGGAUCUCUCACCGGGGGAAAGGAGCCGAGGAGCGGGGGGUGUGAGGAGGAGGAAGACCCGCAGAGAAGAAGGGACGUAGCGGGAGGAAACUGCCGCUGCCAGUGAUGGCAAACGAGCCGAUCAUCCUAAACGUCUAUGAUAUGUACUGGAUCAAUGAGUUCACCAGCUCUCUGGGCAUCGGAGUGUUUCACUCAGGGAUUGAGAUCUAUGGAAGAGAGUUUGCCUACGGCGGACACCCGUACCCAUUCUCAGGGAUCUUUGAGAUUUCACCCGGCGAUGCCACUGAACUAGGCGACACCUUCAAGUUCAAAGAAGCCAUAGUCCUCGGCAGCACAGACUUCACAGAGGAGGAUGUGGAGCGGAUCGUGGAGGAGAUGGGGAAGGAGUACAAAGGCAACGCCUACCACCUCAUGCACAAGAACUGCAACCACUUCUCCUCGGCGCUAUCAGAGAUCCUGUGUGGCCGGGAGAUCCCUCGCUGGGUCAACCGUCUGGCCUACUUCAGCUCCUGCGUGCCCUUCCUCCAGACCUGCCUGCCCAAAGAGUGGCUGACCCCGGCCGCCUUACAGUCCAGCGUCAGCCAGGAGCUCCACGGAGCUGGAGAGCUGGAGGAGGCCGAGGACGCCGCCGCCAGCGCCUCGCUGGCCUCCAUGUCGCCCUGCUCGCCCUCAUCUUCCUCCAGCCCCAACUCCUUGCCUCGUCACUCCCGCUACCAGCCCCGCCGGUAGAACCUGCGAAGCCUGCUGGGAAACACAGGGCUGGACUUGUGGUCAGCAAACAGAAUAGCUGAUGAGUCCAGCUACAGUCGGUCAGGACCGUCCUUGAGCAAGGUCCUGGACUGCUCCCUGCUCUGGGUAAGAACGUCGGCCAAAUCCCUGCAAUGAUCCAGAGCACUGGAAUAGUUUCUCCUUGCAGGAGGAAGGAGAUCUCGCCGCUGACAAAGGCGGGAUCGUCUCCCAGUGAACACGGCUGACAACAGCUGACAACGUCCCCUACACAAUUCACUAUUUCCCCCUCAAGACUCGUUCAUUAUUUUACCUGCCAUAUUACCGCGCAGAAUGGAAACAGGGCUGGUUUCUUUCUCCACCAAAGUGUUUCGUAAUUUAGGAACAUUUACCAGCCACAUGUAGAAUUUACCAGCAGUUAUUUAAUGGAUGGUGCUAAACCCAGAAAGAGAGAACACUGAAAGGGAAGAGCAGGCCUGGAUCAUCUUAAAACCAUGAGUCCAAACCAAACGUCCCAAUAACCCGUCUUAAUGGGGACAACUCUUACUUUUUUCUAAGGUUGUGGUUUCAAACUUGAACUCUGACAUGAGUGGAACAAAUACUACUCGUCAAUCGUUUUAAAGAUGUUUGCAGCUGAAUAAUCUAAAGCUGCUUUUAGACAAAUUUUCAGGAGGUGCUUGUAUGUAAGAAUGCAAAAGUCAGAAUGCGAGUCAGUUGCUCCGGACAUUUUCUGGACCUUCUCCUGCCAGCCCCCCUUGUAAAAUGUCUGAAAAUUGUCCGAAGGUGCCCAUGUGAGAAUGCAGCAGGAAAAUGUCUGGAUGGGCAUGAAACUGGAAGAAGAAGAGCAGCAGGAGAAAAUGCCAACGAAGAUGUAAACUUCAAAAGACAAUGACAUUUGAGAGCUUUUGACAGUGAGGGCCGUAAAACCAAAACCCCAACCUGUGAUUUCUGUAGCGUAAUUUAUACGUCGUGUCCUGCGUGCUCUACCCAGACGCCCCCCCCCCCACCCGAAUGACAAUCUCCUGCUGUGUGUUUCAUAUGUGAAAGGCAAAGUCCACAAAAUGUCUGGACCCAAUUUUACGGAUAUUUUUACGGAUUUCAUGUAUGAAAACGACUUAACUGCUCCGAGCUCAGUUGGGCGAGAAGCCUUCACUUCCACGGGUGAAUUUAAGGCCCCGAGAGAGCUGUCAAUCAAAUCAAACAUGCAAUAAACAUCUAAUUCACCUCUCGUCGAGCACUGGUAUAAUUUGACUGUGGCUGGUAAAUAUAUUCUAUAUGAUUUGGUUUGUGAAAUGUUGAAAGCAGCCGGUGGAUUUUGGACUUGAAACACUUUUCCUCAGAAUGCUGUGCGCGCGUCGGGACCUCAGGCUUCUUUUUCUACCACAGAAAGCUGGAGAGACUUGAACCAGAACUACAAUCAGCCUCAAUUUCCAGACACAGAUGAACUGAUCCAGGACCAGAGUCUAAAUGGGAGAAAAAUCCCCAUCACACCUGGGAGGGGUUCAGUUCCAGCUCAUCUUUAAAGACACAAAUUUCCAACCUGUAUCAGCCUGUGAACUAAUAACCGGUUGUUCCUUCACCAAUAAUGUGAUCACGUCAACUAUUAUGGUUGCGGGGCAGUGACUGAAAGGUUAGAAGAUUUUUUAUAACCUAGAGGAUUCUGGGUUCUGCGAAAUAAAAUAGUGAAUUCUUUCUUAGUAGCAACUGCCAAGGUGCCUUUGAGCAAGGUACUUAACCUACAAGCUUCCCAGAGGCCACCAGUAGAGGACUACUGUGGUUUUACUGGACCGCUCCCAGUCGUCAGCGUGUUCAUCAUCUGUAAGUGGGAAGCAAAGUGUUUCGUCUUCACUCCAGUAAGUUGGCGGCCAUGAUGUCGGUAAAGUGGGGACGUGUGUCGUUAACUGACCUGAGGUCAGAGGUCAGAGGUCAGACUCCUCACGUCUGUCCAGUUAGGGAUGUCGCACACUGGUGUUAAUUUAAAGCAUCACAAACUCAUUUCAAGCUUUUAUUUUGAAAGAUUAUACUUUAACUUUACGUUGGAAAAACUGAUUGAAAUCAUUGUGUCGCUCUCGUUUAAUCACCUUAAAGAAACAAAUGAUGGUUUUACAAGACAAUGCUGCUUUCCCAAAAAGACAAGCACCUCAUCUCAAACUCUCUGGAUGCUGUUAACACCACGUAUGCUGCACAAUGCGUGUCGUCCCAGACAAGUGUCAAACAUAUAUCUCCGUCGAUUUUACUUGUUUUCCUGGACGGCUGAGGACCGGACGACCAGCGGGAAAAGUUCGUCUGUUUGUUUAAAUCCUUUAUUGUAUUUCGAUGAUAUUUUAUGGACUCUGGCCUUUUUGUCUGUUUUGUUUAUGUUUGAUAAACUCAGGACUCAAAAAAGGCAUUGUAAUAUAUUCCUUUAAACUUUUUUAUCCCACGUUCUACGUUUGCGUUGUCGCUGCUUUUUCUACUGCAGUAGUCACUCCAUAGAGCUUUUGAAGAACGUGGCACUGUGGCGGUGCAGUUUUUAUACUCCUCUCUUUGAUUAAAGAAGACAAAAGCUUUUGUUUACAGCCCAGAUGUUUGUAUAUGAGCCUGUGCUGCUCUCGGUUUUCCUGUGUUUGCACACUUGUAUUAUACAGUAAGUGGUUCGUAUCAGCCAUCGACUGUUUAUCCAGAUUGACGACGCGUCUCCUCUAAAACCAAACUUUGAACAAACAUCAGUGUGAUAAGAAGCACCUAAAAUGACAGAAUCCAUCUUUGAUAUAAAUGUAUUUUAACGUGUACAUUGACUUUUGACCUUUUUUUAUUCGGUCCGUGUCCCAUCCACUAACAUGGCAGAGGUGGGGUUCAUGACCUAUACUGCAUCCAGCCACUUUGGCUUCACUUUUUGGGGAGGCGUCAUGUCGUCCAUCUUUAUAAACAGUCUAUGACGUCAACAACCUGCCAACUGGGCCACACUUCUCCACAUCUCACACACACACACACACACACACACACACACACACACACACACACACACACACACACACACACACACACACACACACACACACGUUCUCUUCCCAACCGUAGCAGCGUUUCCAGGUUAUUUCUCUUUUAAUAUUUUCUUUAUCCUCAACCGAUUGGAUUUCUUUUAAACAUGGAACCUUUUGUCCUCCUCAAUCCUGGACUCAGGAUACUUUCAGUUACAUCGUUUUGAUGCAGCGUCCGACACAUUUCAGGACUUUUAUUUUCUGAUAAACAAACCAAACAGAAUCAGUGUUAAAGCGGGACGCACUGUAAACCAGCACAUUCUUCUAAUUCACUCGAUACGAGAGUCAUUUUAAAUGUCUCUUUGUAGAUCUGAAUGUGAAAACUUUAUUUUGAAUGCACUGACACAGACUGACUCACACACUUGUACUGCUAAUGUCGGUGCCAUCUGGUGGCUGGCAUUUGUACUGUUGUCUGCUUCACACAGACACUGAGGUUUUUCCCUUAACCUUCAUAGCGUCACAUAAUGUGUUUAUCUUUAGUUGACAAAUACACAGUAUCUCAUGGAACACUGUUUAAACAACACGUGUCACCUUUCAUUUCUAAAUGCUGAGGAAUAAAACCGUAAAGUUCAGAUUACGUUUUAACACAAUAACUCACCUUCUGUCCUUCCUCAGUUUUUCUCAAGAGACAUUUAUUUAUCACAGAUUUCUUAUUUUCAAUGGAAUCCCUCAUUCCUUGAGUAGUAGUUGUUUUUAUGGUAAUAGUAAAUGUCCUGUCAAAUUGUUCUAAUUACACCACUUGUGUGAGCUAUGAAUGUAAAUGAGGAAACCCCAGAACCCCCCCCUCCUCCAAAAAAGAAUGACUUCAGCUGUUUGUUGGUAAAUUGUCACAGAGACUUCAGAACAGAUUUAUACCCUUGUUUGAAAGUUAUUAAAGAGAAGAUCUGUGACUGUCA